UGCAUGUACGUUAUAUGUACGUACAUAGUACAAAGGAUGGGGGCUGAAAGCAUAUUGCGAUGGUAAUGAGGUCUUAGCAACAUUCAUACCUUAACACUAUUUUCUCAUUUGGUCGUUUUACAUCGUUGCCUCGAUUGGCCAUGUAGCGAAACGAAUAGCUUGUCAUAUAGUUUAGGAGGACUUUGGGUUUAAAACUACCUACUAAUAUCACGAUGGGAAAAACAACCUCAGAUCAGCUUCAAUCUCAAUACCAGCCAGAUCUUAGACUAUAUCAGCCUCAGCAAUGCUCUUCAGUUGGGUUUAUCGGCCGGGAAUGGCCAGCGAAUAAGACUGUCCUAGUCGCUUUAUCUAUAACAUCCUGCGCCAUCGUGCUGGGCGUCUCGAUUGCGCUCGCCGUCGAUCCCGAUAUCCAAAGUUACAUUGUUAUCUGGACGGCCCCGCAGGCCGGCUCGGCUCUGCUCUGGUUCGGUAUCGACCUCGCUGCCACAUACGCGGGAAGAACAAAUCACCGGCUAAUCCACCCGGGCGCUCAAGCAGCAGUACAUCUGUUGCUAUGGAUGGGCUUCUGCGUUGGGAUUGGUCUGACGGCGUACGUCUUGUCGUGGGCGCUCGCCUCCGCCAGUUCGGACGAUCGCGAUGCUUAUCCUGAAUACUACGAAUAUUAUCAUGGUGAUAGUAACGACUAUUAUGAGUAUUAUAGCAAAUCCUACAUCCGGUCAAUGGAGGCCCUCGUAGCAUUUCUAGCUCUUUUGAUAAUUAUACAUUUCCUCCUGUUUUGCUCAGCCUGUAUAAAAGCCGCCCAGCGCAAAAAGACUAGCAGCAAGCCUGUCGCCAUACCUCUUGAGAAAUUAGGCCAGCUAUCAUCUGGAGGGAAUGAGAAGGGUAACGGAGACUUAAACGACGCUAUAUAAUUUGUUUAAAUCCCGGGUACCUAGAUGUUUAUCGCUAGGGAAAGGCGUUGUGUGCCUAUUAGUGAAAUUAGCUAUUUCCCGUGGCAAAAUAGAA